CAAAUUCUAGUUGCAAAAGUGGUUGGAGUUCAUCCACAAAUGAGUAUUUGGCGGUACAUUCUCUUCAUUUAAAUAAAACACACCAUGUUUUCUUUCGUGUGUAGGAUCUAAUUUGCGAUUUUGAAUAUACGCUUUAUUAUUAUUAUUACAAUCGAUUCAAAUUAUUUUUAUAGUUUAUAAGUUCUAGGUUAAUAUAUUUUGUCCCUUAAUGUUUUGUUAUUUUCUCUUAAUUGACCACACACAGUAUUAUUAUUACCUAAUCUAAGGAGGCCCCUUUUUUUUGUUAUCUAAUUAAAAAGUAGGGUAUAAUAAUUCUUAUUAGAGUUCUUUAAAUUUAUCAGGGUGCUCUGCUUUUGGAGCUCAAUAUUCUUGAUAUAAAGAUGAUCAACAUUAGAUUUUAUAAAUUUUUUAAGGUGAAAGAGAGAUUUUUUUUUUCCCAACCAGAAGUCCAAGUAAAUAUAUAUUUUCAAAAAAAAAAAUGAGGAUUGAGAAAGAAGAAAUGGGGAUUGAUCAAACCAGAAAAGUAUUGGUUGGAAUUCGAUUCGAUACCGAAUGCAAAGAGCUUCUUGGUUGGGCCAUUGUUAAGGUUGCUGAGCCUCUUGAUCAUGUUGUUGUUCUUCAUGUUUGCAGAAAUUCAGAUGAUGUAGCAAAGGAGAAGAAACAGCUGGAUGAUUAUCUAGAGAUUUUCAAGAAUUUAUGUGAUAUUAAGAAGGUAAAGUUAAGUGGAAAGAUAUUGCCAGGAAAAUCAAUAAGAAAAAGUCUAGUAAGUGAAGCAAAAGGGUGUGGUGCUGCUGCUGUAAUUGUUGGAAUAACAAAACCUGGUUCUAUUGGGGGUAGAAUGUCAACUGCAAAAUAUUGUGCAAAACAAUUGCCUUUAACCACUGAAAUCUUCACUGUUCAUAAUGGCAAAGUUGUAUUUCAAAGACUCUCCAACGAUGAUCAUAUUCAAGGACUUCAAGAAGAUCCGAGGCCGAGCUUCCAUAAACCCGGAAAAUCGAAUGGAAAUCAAUCUGAUUUUGGAGAUUCAGAAGUAUCAGAAGUGGAUUCUAAUAGCUCAAAACAGAACUGUCAGAACUCAGAAGCUGAAUCAACAACAGAUAUCAGUUGUGAAGAGCUUGCAGAAGUUGAAACUCCUAAAAAUACUUGUAUUGACAGUAAGAAAAUUCCUCAAAGAACAGUUAGUUUUAACAAGGAGGAUAAUGUAACGGAGCAAAAACCCGGUUGGCCUUUGCUUCGAAGGUCUAGCCUUCCGACUCAGAAGGCUUUAGACUCGAGGAAAAUGUCGGUAGUUCAAUGGGUUAUGAACUUCCCUGAUCGUUCACCACCUGAUACUCCUCAGAGUUGUGGUAGUAUUAAUGUCGAUUCGUGUUCUACCAAGUCCGAGAGUCCCUUAGGAAGGGAAAAUGAUAAUGCAAGUAAUUUCGCGUUUAGUAGCAAAAGCAGUCAGUCUCUUUGGAGUGAGUUCCUUGAUCAGGAACCCGGGCUUCCAUUUGAAUUGAAUUUUUUGGAGUUCACUUGGUUUAGUUACGAGGUUUUGAGGCACGCGACAUCUAAUUUCUCUGCAGGGAACUUAAUAGGUAAAGGAGGUUGUAGCCAAGUUUACAAGGGAACUUUUCUUGAUGGUAAAGAAGUGGCUGUAAAGGUACUAAAAUCGUCGAAACAAGCAUGGAAAGAUUUCUCUCAAGAAGUUAAUAUAAUGUCCACAAUGCGCCACAAAAACAUUACAACAUUGCUCGGUGUUUGUAUCGACAACAGCGAGCUAAUCUCUGUCUAUGAGUUCAUGUCCAAGGGCAGCUUAGAGGAUAACUUGCAUGCUGAAAACAAAGAAAAAUCUUUGGUGUCAUGGGAUGCAAGGUUUACAGUAGCAGUUGGAAUAGCAGAAGCCCUUGUUUAUUUGCACCAAGGUUGCUCAAGGCCUGUUAUUCAUAGAGAUGUCAAAACUUCCAAUAUUCUUUUGUCAGACAACUUUGAACCUCAGUUGUCUGAUUUUGGGCUUGCAAUAUGGGGUCCAAAUGCAAAAAGUGUUGAGACCUACACUGAUGUGGUGGGCACAUUUGGAUAUCUAGCACCCGAAUAUUUCAUGUAUGGUAAGGUCACCGACAAGUUAGACGUCUACUCAUUUGGGGUGGUGCUUCUUGAAUUACUUACCGGACGAAAGCCCAUUAAUUCUUCCAAAGGCCAAGAGAGCUUGGUCAUGUGGGCAAAACCAAGGCUACAAAGUGGGAAACUAAUAAAAGGAAUUCUAGACCCUAGUUUGGAGGGGAGUGUUGAUGAGCCCCAAAUGCAAAGAAUGGUCCUAGCAGCUAAACUUUGCUUGACAAGGGCAACUAGGCUUCGUCCUAAUAUGGACCAGAUACUAAAACUUCUUAAAGGAGAGGAAACAAUGGAUACAUGGGCAAAGUCACAUGUAUAUGAUGAACAAGAAGAAGAAGAAGAACAGUUUGAUGGUAAUGAAGAAGAGUUUUACCAAAACUCGAGUGCUAAGAAAUCACACUUAAGUCUUGCACUCCUUGACUUAGAAGAUGAUCACACGUCGUGCAGUAGUGGUGACCGGAGCAACAGUCCUCAUACUCUAGGGGAUUUCUUAACUGGAAGAUGCAGGAGGUCCUCUAGUUUCGAUUAGCACGGACGUCUUCCUUCCUACAUUUGUAAUUAUCCUUAAGUUAGCAUUUUCCUUUGUAUAGUUUUGAGGAAAUUAUAAGUCUAAGUUUGCACCCCCUUGUUUUAUGUGGUGGUUUGGAUAAAUGUACACUAUAUAUAUGCAUCAUGCAUGCAUGAUUGCAUAUUAAUUAUUGAGAUUUGAGGCAAUUAAAAGCAUUUUUGGCGAGUUAGCUUCU